GCUUUCUCCGGAGCUGUCGGAGGGAGCCAGAGCGCUUCUCCCGAGCUGGUGAUCGAUCAGCUGAUCGAUCGAUUGAGGUUCAGGAUGCAGAAGUGAGUGAGCGGUGAAAAGCAGCAGAGCCGAUGGGUUGUGAAGAUACAGAAUCAUGAAUAAACUGGAGGACAAGCAGGACCAGAUGAUACCAUGAAGAGAGGUUUACAGGCCCUCUAUUGCCAACUGUUAAGCCUCUUCCUGCUCUCGGCACUGACUGAAGUGCCUGCGUUUGCCAUCCAGGAACCAGCCCCCAGGGAAUCUCUGCAGGUCUCCCCCUCAGCCACAUCUUCAGGCACCAUGGUGACAGCACCUCCCAGCUCAACCAGACGCUCCCUGGGGGCAGCUGGCCCUGCGCCUGUGGUGAAGCCGGAACAGCAUGAGGAUAGACCCUCCUCACAGGCCACAGUGCCUACGGAGAAGACGACAUCCCACCCAGACACACACUCUCCUGUGGGCGCCAUGCUGGCCAUGGAAGCCAGCUCCCCUCCUUCUGCCAUGGCAACCACAUCCUCCCACCAAGAGGAUCGCCCCUCAGGGGACCCCAUCUCCACCAUCCUGCCGUCCAAGCCUACAGAAGCCACCAACCACCCCCCAGGGGAGGCCGUGCCCACCAUCCUGCUGACCAAGCCUAUAGAAGCUACCAACCACCCUCCAGGGGAGGCCAUGCCCACCAUCCUGCUGACCAAGCCUACAGAAGCCACCAACCACCCUCCAGGGGAGGCCGUGCCCACCAUCCUGCUGACCAAGCCUACAGAAGCCACCAACCACCCUCCAGGGGAGGCCGUCUCAAGAAGGAAGGAGAGCCAACGUGGGCAAAAGCAGAGCCCCACACCCCCAGGGCAGGAGCGGCCCCUGGGCAAGAUCUUUCAGAUCUACAAGGGCAACUUCACAGGGUCUGUGGAACCAGACCCCCUUGCCCCCACCCCCAGAAACCCACCCCAGGGUUCCUCCUUCUUGCCGCGGCCCCAGACAGCGGUCCUCACCACAGCGCCCAGCAGCACAUCAUGGGCAUCACCCACCACCCCCGUGGCGCCUGCAGAGAACAAGCCAAGCCUGAGCAGAACAGACCCAGGGGAUGGUCUCCCCUUCACCAGCCAAGGAGGGGGACUGAACACCACAGCAGCCUCCGGUGCCCCUUCCAGCCCACAGCCUGCCCCAGUGCCUUCUCAGCGCCCCCGUGGUGACCCACCGGGUGGCCCCAGCCUCAGUAACUCCUGGCUUGCUGACACCGCAGGUACCAGACCUUGGUCUGCCAGCUCUGGGGUCUUCACAGCCACCCGCGGGCCCACCCAGGCUGCCUUUGAUGCCAGUGUCUCAGCCCCUUCCAGGGGGCUUCCUCAGGGAGCAUCCACAACCCCACAGACCCCAGCCCGCCCCCCUGUUUACCGCACGGAGGAGGAGGCUGCAGCCACCUCCCCCGUGACCAGCAGAGCACCCAGUCCUCUCUCCACAGUGGUGUCCACGGCCACAGGGAACUUCCUCAACCGCCUAGUUCCCGCCGGGACCUGGAAGCCGGGAGCAGCAGGCAACAUCUCCCACGUGGCUGAGGGGGACAAACCCCAGCACAGAGCCACCAUCUGCCUGAGCAAGAUGGAUAUCAUCUGGGUGAUCCUGGCCAUCAGCGUGCCCAUCUCCUCCUGUUCUGUCUUGCUGACAGUGUGCUGCCUGAGACGGAAGAAGAAGACGGCCAACCCGGAGAACAACCUGAGCUACUGGAACAACGCCAUCACCAUGGACUACUUCAACAAGCAUGCUGUGGAGCUGCCCAGGGAGAUCCAGUCCCUGGAGACCUCAGAGGACCAGCUCUCGGAGCCCCGGUCCCCGGCCAACGGCGACUACAGGGACACUGGGAUGGUCCUGGUGAACCCCUUCUGUCAGGAAACGCUGUUUGUGGGGAACGACCAAGUGUCUGAGAUCUAAAUGCAGCGGCCAGCCCUCUUCGUCUCUAAAUGAUAAAUAUACAAAUACACAUCUAUAUUAUAAAUAUAACCUUUGUGUAACCCUGACUUAAUGAGAAACAUUUUCAGCUUUCUUUUCCUAAGACUUGUCAACAUCUUUUUUAUAAGUGUGGUUUAAAGAAACUUUACAGAAUGAUUCUUGGCUUUAUAAAAUAAAGGUAUUUCUAAGCAAA